AUGAAUGACCCACAACCAGGGAAGGGAUGGUGGGAUGAGCCGGACUACUGCAACCCACUGGAGUUUGAUAUGGAAGAAGGCCAGGAAGACUACGUAUUUGGCCCUGAUGACGAAUACCUUCACACCCUGGAGGUCCACACCAACACCCUCACUCAGCUGGAGAGAUGGUUUACAUCCUCAGGCCAAACCCGAGUCACUGUGGUGGGACCAUUUAAGGCAAGGCUGUGGGUGAUGAACAUGAUCAGAAAAGUGGGGAGUAAGAACACUACCGAUCAGAUUAAAGGCAAGAUGAUGCUAAUGCAGAUCCGGAGUCAUCCUCUGACAGAGCAAGACCUGCAGAUUCAUCCAGAAUCGAGGAGCAUUUGUUGGUUUCCUGAUUGA